UCGGGAGAAGACGGCAACUUCUCGGAUGUGAGGCAGUUGCCCUCUUCUUUCGUCUCUCCAAAAUGGAGUCAGAUCAGUUUGACCCAGGGAUCCUUGGGAUUAUUGUAAACCCGCCUUCACCGGCAUGUCAUAUGGAGGUGGAAGAAAGUCAGGCUAUCGUUUCGUUAGGUAACAUAAUUAAAUCAUCCUCCUCUUCUAACAUUACUCACACCAACAAGGACCAUAGAUCUAAAAAAAGGGAUAUGAAAACUGUCAUUUCUAACUCGGACGAACAUGACGAUUCAUGUAAGAUUCCUCGUACCGACCAACAUCCGCCUUCUGAAAUAGUUGCUCAGUCGAACAUCCCAAUUUCUUCUGAUAGUGAGCCUAUUAGAGAAAACUCGGAAAAAAAAUCUUCGGACAGAUCUGUUCCUCAGUUUCAGACCAGAAACCUAUACAAUGACUCAGAUAAAGGUCCAUACAUCGUGCUUGUGGCUCGCGAGGCUUCGGAGGCGGACUCCGGUGCCUACAUGCAUCCGGUGAAAUUUGGCCAAUUUCUGUACACAAAUGGCAUAUCUAACCUGAAGGAUGGUGGAAUUAAAAAAAUUGGAAGAAAUAGGCUGAGUGUAGAAUUUUUAUCCGCUGCCGGGGCUAAUCUGUUUUUGUCGUGCUCAUUGGCCACUAAUAAUUGCAAGAAAUUCAUUUCUUCAUACCACGUCACCAAAACGGGUAUUGCACGUAACAUCCCGACUGACUUAUCGAACGAGGACCUACCAAAUUUAAUUUCCACUCCUUUCGGUUGUGGUAAGGUUGUAAAGGCGAGACGAUUAAACUUUAAAAAAAGGAAUCCUUCCGACAAUUCCACUCAAUGGGCCCCAUCAGAAACUGUAGUUCUGACGUUUGACGGCCAAAUUCUCCCGGACAAAGGGUUUUUAUUCAGCUGUGCAUUGGACGUGGUUCAAUAUUAUUUCCCUACUGUGCAAUGUUUCAAGUGCUGUCGCUUCGGCCAUGUUCGGGCGCAAUGCCGGUCUCGUCCUCGUUGUUCCAAAUGUGCUCAGCCUCAUGAAGGCAGUACCUGUUCGGCUGUCCCAUCCUGCCUUAACUGCUUAGGUAAACAUUGUGCUACGGACAAGGUUUGUUCCGAAUUCAUCAGGCAACAACAGAUAAAAAGAAUAAUGGGAGAUGAAAGUUUAUCCUAUCAGGAGGCGGAUAGAAAGAUUCCUAAAGCUCGCAGACCGUACAAUGAAGCUGCUCAAACGAAGUCUUAUAAAAAAACUGUUUUAAUUAAAAAAAAAACUCCUGCCCCAUCUAACCCUCAUGGGUAUGAUGAGAAAUCUCACAGGGCCUUAGUAGCAGACUACAAUGCUCCUCAACCUGCUAAUGGGGUUAUGUUUAGGAAUGGUCCAUUUAGUAGCCAAUUUUCUUCUCCAGUUGCACCAGCGCCGACUGAACUGUUUUCUUUGGUCCAUAUUUUACCUACGCUCUAUUUGGUGAUCUCGUCUCUUGUAUCUACUCUUCAGCAAAAUGCUAUCUCUCUACCGUCCAACGUUGCCAGUAGUUUAAAGGAUUUAUCUCCCUUCCUUUCCAGUGGCCCUGUCUGUGGGCCUUAUGAAAAUGGCGGUCAAUUUUAUCCAGUGGAACAUCAGGAGCAUCAGUCGUAACAAGACUGAUCUUCUGUAUGUCAUUCGGAAAUACAAUCCUGUCUGUUUAGCUAUUUCUGAAACCUGGUUAAAACCUGAUUCUCAUUUUAACUGUCCAAAUUAUGUAUGUCUAAGACAGGAUAAUCCAAAAGGUCACGAUGGCUGUGCCCUUUUGAUUCGGAAAGAUAUUGACUUCUCCCUCUUUAACAUCCCAUCUCACCCUUCUCUUUAUAUCGUUGCAUGUAAAAUUUUCAACUUUACAGUAAUAUCUGUA